AAGUCAGAGAGAGAAAGCAGCCAGGUGCAGCCGCCCCAAAGCAAAGUCUACGCAGUCCUCAAAACCCAAACUUUCACCCCAAAUAUUCCCUCUUCAUCUUCCAUUUCCCCCCAAAUUUUCCCAAUUUUCCCUCAAUUUUCUGCCCAAUUUUAUCAUCAAAAUUGCUCCAUUAUCAUUUCUCAUGCAUUUAUAAGCUUCUUAAUCGUCAUUAUUCAGCAUUCUGCAUCAAUUUUCUCCCCAAUUUUGUCAUCAAAUUACUCCAUUAUCAUUUCUCAUGCAUUCAUAAGCUUCAUAAUCGCCAUUAUUCAUUGUUCUGGUUACCAUGUUCUCUUCACAAUCUCAAAUGGCUUCGAGCCUCAUGCGUUUCAAGUCAGCUCCAGGCUCUCUGUUAGCGAGUCUUGUGGACACCAGCGAGGAUUCGCCGGAAAAUUUCAUAGGGAGCUACUUUUCCGGCGAUUCGUCUGCCGGAAUCACAUCCGAAUCGAGCUGUGCGGUGUCGCUUUCGCCGGAUCUGGAAGAGAUUCCGGCCGAUUUUAGGGUGGAAAAUCUGAAUAAAGGGAGCUAUGGUGAACCGCCGGCCAUUUUCGGGCCUUCAGAUCGAGGGAAAGGGACUUCGUGUUAUGGUCAGAUGGAUGGGACGGCUAGGAUCUCUCCUGCGGGAUUUAGGAGUGGGUCGCUUAUCCGGCAUAGCAGCUCUCCGGCUGGGUUUUACGGAGGUUUCUCGGUUACAAAUGGUCUGGCCAAUUUUACGACGGAAAAUGGUUUGAAACGGUUGAGUUCCCAGAUGAGCUUUUCAACACAAAGUUCCACCCCAGGCCUGUUGUCCCCGCUAUCUGAAAUGAGCUUGCCAGAAACUGGGGACAGUUUAGCCGGAAGUUGUGUUGAAGAAGCCGGUCAACACUACAUUUCCGGGGUUGCUUCAUGGGAAAAUGGCCUCAUUGCUUUCUCUUCCAGGAAACGAGGUAGAGAUGUUGGUGGCGAUGUUGCUAGCUCUUCAGACUCACAGAGGUGCUGUAAGAACCAUGGAUUGAGCAUCUCAUCGGAUAUGGAAGGAGGGAUCGGAAUGGAGAAAUCGGUGUUCCUACUGCAGGACUCGGUGGCAUGCAAGAUCAGGGCUAAGCGUGGCUACGCAACCCAUCCUCGCAGCAUUGCAGAGAGGGAGAGAAGAACACGGAUAGCUGAAAAGCUGAAGAAGUUACAAGAGCUGGUGCCAAACAUGGAUAAGCAAACAAACACCGCAGACAUGCUAGAAUUAGCAGUUCAAUACAUCAAAGGCCUUCAAAAUCAGGCGCAGAAACUAUCAGAUGAUAAUGGCAGCUGCACUUGUUCGGACCCACAAUCAGUGACAUGAUACUGGAUGUGCGACGUAAGAUUCCGAUUCAAAAAUCAUUUACGGUGCCGACAGACGGGAUUUGAGGGUUCUAAAGAGGUAAGACAAAAGGAGAAAGAAGCGCUUUGCAAAUUAUCAGAAAGAAGGGUGUGUCUAUGUUGAAUCGAUCACAACGUAACCAUGUGGAGGGGUUACAAUUUCAUUUAUUUUUUCCAUGAUAACGCAUGAGAGAGAAAAUUUGGAAACUGCAUUUAGGAGAAUUUGCUCAGCUGCUGAGAGAGAGGGGGGAAAGGGGGGAAGAGAUAUCGUCGAACUUGCUGAAUCCAAUGUUAAUGGACCCUCUCUUAAGUGCUACAAUUGAGCAUCUGACAAUUUUCUCGUA